AUGCGUGUGUCCUUGCUCUUGUGUCUCGUGUUCGUGGCAUGUGAGUGUAAAGUCAAAAGAAAUGACGAUUUACCAGACACAAGCCCGGUGGAAGGUCUCCUGGAAACGAUCAACAUAGUGUUUCCAGUGCUUGCUGAUAUCUUCAAAAGCGCCUUUGGAACAGUAAAUCGAGUUGCUUUCCACGCAGCUCUAAAGGGAGCAGUGCACUUGGUGGACCUGGCCUUCCCCGCGCAACCCCCACCCCGCGUGCCUGAACGUUGGUGGGGGGACAACCAGUACAGAGACACCAGUAUUAGGAGGUUUACAGUGCAUUUCUCCGAUGAGAUGAUAUCCGACCUACGCUACCGCAUACACUACCGUCGGAACAUUACGCGUGCGCUCCACGGCGUGGCCAACACUUACGGUACCCACGCCGCCUACGUCGCCCACUUCCUCAACCACUGGGCUUACAAAUACGACUUUGAAGCGAGAGAAGAUUGGCUGAAUAGCUUUCCGCAAUAUGUCACAAACAUUCAAGGUCUAGACAUCCACUUCAUCCACAUGAGACCUGCCAACCCUCGCAAGAAGGUGCUCCCGAUCCUGCUGCUGCACGGCUUCCCGGUCACCGCCUUCGAGUACGUCCACGUCAUUCAGAACCUGAUGGAGGAGAGAGACGACUGCGACUUCGUGUUCGAGAUCGUCGUGCCGGACCUACCGGGAUAUGGGUAUUCAGAGGCAACAUACAAGCCAGGCAUGGCGCUGUAUCAGAUGGGCAUCAUCAUGAAGAACCUGAUGCUGCGCCUGGGCAAGCCGCAGUUCUACAUCCACGCCGGGGACGUGGGACACGUGGUGGGCGAUGCUAUUGCUACACUCUUCCCUGAGAGGGUGCUGGGAUUCCAUACUAACCUUCCUAUUAGUAACCGUCCCCAGUCACUCACCAAAUGGGUGCUAGGGCAGCUGUACCCGCCAGCAGUCGUCGACGCGCGAUACGAAGAUCGGAUGUACCCUCUGGCAACUCGCCUGCAGGAAUAUUUGGAGCACUUCGGCUACUUCCACAUGCAAGCUACUAAGCCGGAUAACGUGGGACAUGGCCUUGACGAAUCCCCAGUAGCUUUAACCUCCUGGCUCCUGGAGAACAUCAUGAUGGGCACAGACCGCACCGGCCAGUUCAUCGUCGACGGCAACUUGUCGCGGCACUACGACAUGAACGAUUGGCUCGACACCUUUACCAUCUACUGGGCAAGCCAGAGUGCGACGACUGCUGUGCGGUCUUAUGCCGAGUUCCUGGCGUUGAGGAGGGAUCCAUUGUCGUUUGGCAUAUUGAUGACUCCGACACCCGUCUUGUUUGCCGCCAUCAACUUUCGCUACGAGAUUGUGUACAUGCCAGACGACUUCCUUCGAGACAAGUACCCCAACCUGGUGCAGACGACCACGCUGGAUUUCGGAGGACAUUUCGCUGCCUUCCAGGUGCCGGCGGUGCUGGCUGAAAGUAUAUGGACUUCUGUGGCCAAGAUGGAAAUUGUCCGCAGAAACUAAG